AUGGCGGAGAAGUUUAGCUUCUGUCUUAACACCUUGCUUUCUGAUGUGGCCAUGAAACAGACAGCUCUCAGGGAAGAAAUCAUCACGGCCCAAAUAGAACUUAUGUCCAACCUGACCAAACUCGUUAUAAAUUGCCACGAAAGUCGAGAUUACAGCAGUACUUUAUCUAAACUUCAACUUUGUAAGAGUGCUAUACCAAUUUUGAUAGGCCUAGCUCGAUCCAUGGGCCGGUAUUCAACAUUGGACCCUCCUCUACUCUGCCGUUUGUUCCCCCAACCACUGAGUCCAGGGAAAAAUAAAGAACCUGAACCGAACUUCGAAUAUUCUACUUUGGAUAAGAAAAGAAAGUUUAAUCAAUUUCGUCCAAUCAUUCCCAGGUCAUUAUCCGGGAAUUUGCAUGCAAAUAAUGAAAAUAUCCUGGAAAAUGGCAGUGAUACUAUUGAUAGUAUUGGUGGGACUUUGAAACGCGGAUCUCUCCAUAGUUAUAAUUCAGUUCCUUAUGAUCCUACCACAUAUUUCUUUCAUAAGUUUGGAUCAAGUUUCAAUCAGUUUCCCUAUAUGAGGUUUUCAGAAUCGCCUGAGAAAAGAAGUAGUGUCCAAUUUUACGUUACGUAUUUGCAGUCAAUUCUUUCUUUAGCUAAAAAGCUUCUGACUAAAGAUUUACUGGCAUUUUUGGAUGAGGAGGCUGAAGACAUAUAUGCUUCAGGGCAAAUUCAGGUUUUCCCAUACAAAUCGUUCUCUGAAACUUUAAACCUGGUUAUGGUUACUCUGCUAAGAGAAUUGCUGCAGCAUCAAAAGGACCUACCAGGUCCAUUUACUAAAGAUGUUCAGGAGUUUGUAAAGUGUCUAUUUCUAAGUGGCCAGACUGAACUUCAGAGCCGUCAUCACGAUGCAUCAGAGAGAGAGGACAGAGAAAACAACUAUGCCACUGUGAACAAAUUCAAAGUCAAUGUGAUGGCUAAUUCGGCGUGCGUUGAUCUCCUUGUCUGGGCUAUUGGUGAUGAAACAGGUGCUGACUCGUUAUGUGGGCGUUUGACGGAGAAAAUAAACUCCAAUCAUAAUCACAAGUUGAUAUUAGCACAUAUGCCGCUACUCAUGGUUUGCCUCGAAGGACUCGGCAAACUUGCUACAAAAUUUCCAUCGAUAGCAAACACAUCGAUUUAUUGCCUUCGAGACUUUUUGGUGACACCAUCACCGAUAUUAUUCAAACUGCACAAGUUGGAACUAGAGAAAUCGGGCAAGGAACACAUGAAAGUAACACUUCAAGGAAAGGAGUUGAAAGGUUUAACAGAAUCGGGAGUGCCUGUCAAGUCUACGCCAUUUGAGAAACUUCGAGAUGCGGCCAUAGAGAAUCUUUGUGUGGCGCUAGAGGCUGCUCUGACAGUCGACCCUUAUUGUGUUCCAGCAUUGGUCGGCUCCGUCAGCAAUAGAUUGUUUACUGCCGAAACGAGCGACAGUGAAUCUUCGCUAAUUAGUACGAAUAUAGUGAUAAUGUUAGGUCACGUCGCCGUCGCGUUAAAAGAUACGCCCAAAACUACUGACACCAUCCUGCAAUUUUUCCAGCAAAGGCUAUGUCGUGCACCUUCAUCAUUGGACACUUUGAUCGUAGACCAACUUGGUUGUAUGGCUCUCGCAAGCCCUGAAGGUCCAGCGCACGAUGAGAUCUUGAGGAUGUUUACAGUUAUCACCGUGGAGGCCGCUAGUGCUGCUUAUCACCACACUGAUGACAGGAAGCAGUACAGGCACGUGUCCGGUGCAGUUUUAAACGCUCUAGCCAACAUAGCUGCGAAUGUGCGAGGUACAAGCGCUCGACUUGAGCUCCUGACUCGAUUGUUGGAGCUGUUUGUUCAACUCGGGCUGGGAGGCGAGCGGGCGACGGACCGCUCACCCGCGCCCGUGCUCAAAGCGUCCGGGAGUGCGGGCAACUUAGGCGUUCUUAUACCAGUUAUUGCUGUCCUGGUAAAAAGAUUACCACCAAUCAGAAAUCCGAAGCCUCGAUUACAUAAACUUUUCAAAGAUUUUUGGCUCUAUUGCGUCGUCAUGGGCUUCACUGCAGCUGACUCAGGAUUAUGGCCACAAGAGUGGUACACUGGUGUAAAAGAGAUAGCAGUAAAAUCACCCUUCCUUGUUUCACAAACAUCUCUACGUUCUGAAAUGCGCGAGCUCCAAUACACGUCUGCCGUACGAAACGAUUCAGUUUCUAUGAACGAACUUCAAGAGUUAAAAACUCAGAUAUCGAACCUCCUCGAUCAUCAACCAGAUGUCACUGUUGUCGUGAAUAAGUUGACGUUUGCGCCCUGUAUGUAUCUACUCAGUGUGUAUUGGCUGGAGACUUUGAGGGUUUGUAACUCUCCCGAGCCAAGCUUACAACCAAUUAUUGAGUAUCUGAGUGACUCAACGUUACAAAAAGACAAGACCGGUAUGUGGCUAUGUGUUGCGAGUGUCGGAGAUAAAGUAUUUCAGAAAUUUUUGGACGUGAUGUCCGACAAGGUCAAAGAUGAGUCCCGCGAGAGGGAGCUAGAGGGACACGCGCAGUUCCUUCUGGUUAACUUCAAUCAUAUACACAAACAAAUCAGAAGGGUAGCUGAUAAAUGGUUAGCUGGCCUCGUUGAUAGAUUCCCUCACCUUCUGUGGAAUUGUCGAGUACUGUGGUCAAUGCUAGAUAUUCUUCAAGUACUAAGCUUUAGCUUGGAACUAGACGCUAAUCAAGAAACACCUUUGCUGAAAGUUCCGUUAACUGACUUCACUUUACAACUGCAGGAUACUUUAGAAGGAAGAGAGUGUAUCGUGAAAGAUUUUGCCGACCGUUGUCACGGUAUUGUGCAAGAGGCAAUGAAAUGGGCGCCACAAUCUACUCGAUCUCAUUUACAAGAAUAUCUUAAUCAGGUACCAAAUUCCACGUUGUGGCAUCAUUGCGGCCUGGCCCUGGCGACGGGUGCACUUUUAGGAGCCGCCGGGUUGAACAGAAUGUCGGCGCCUUUACCUCGGGCCGCGCUGGACAAGCGACCAUUAUGCGUGACGCAGGACUCGGCCGCGUUGUUAGCUGUCGUGUCGCAAAGAAGUCGGUAUGCUGGCGAAAUAGCGGGCACGGUGAGCGCGGAGGGCGGCGGCGAGGCGGCGCUGUGGCGCUGCGGCGCGCGCCUGCACGGGGCGCUGCGCGACGCGUGCGCCAGCGGCAGCGAGACCACGCACCGCGCCGCGCUGUGGCGCGCCACGGCGCUGCUCGUGCACGCGCGCCUGCACGCGCCGCACGCCGUCACCUCGCCCACCGCGCGCGCCCUGCUGCACGCCGUCGCAUGGUCCCAAGUAGAAAUCUUCACUGAAGAUGCAGUCACCUCAGCAGUGGAAUGUUGGCAGUGGCUUACGACAGCGCGACCAGACCUGGAAAUAAGACUACUGCAAGAAAUUUUCGCGGCAUGGCAGAGUACAGUCGAUAGAAAAAUGGGUUUGUUCUCUAAACAGCAUGAAGAGACCAGUCCGUUGGCUGCUCAUGAAGGUGCACAAUUAGAGCCACGUCCACCAUUUGUGGCGCCGCACGCCGUUUGGGUUAGAUAUUUGUCUGAAGUUGCUGAGACGGCCAAGUACAACAGCUUGGAGAAAGUUGAGAUGUUAGCCAGCUUGCUACACAGGUCACUGCCCAUCACCGUCGGCGAUGUAAGAGAUCAUAUCAAUAGGCACGUGGAUGCUGUUGGGGUCAGAUUCAGGCUUCUCUCCUGCGGUCUCUCGCUUCUUCAAGGCGACAUUCUUCCCCGCUCAUUGGCUCGCAACAUUCUACGAGAGAGAGUAUACUCCGCCUGCCUAGACUACUUCUGUCGAGGACUUCAAUGUCCAGCGAAAAGCUCUGGUGCUUUGAGGGAGGACAUCAUAUCGCUAAUCAAGUUCUGGCAACUCAUGCAUUCUGAUAAGAAGUACUUGAAAAGCAGUGAUAUUGGAGGAGACUACGAACUCAUGGGCCCCAACAGUCAACAAAGCGUAUAUACAUCAAACUCGCCAACAGACAAUCGAUCUUCGGUGAACAGCGAAAUAGGUAGUCGAACAACUACGGGCUGGAUUAACACGGUACCUAUGUCGACAACAACUUUGAGUAGUGGUGCAGGCAGUGUUGUAGGAAAGCGCUCCAACCGAAGUGUGAAGCCUCCCGUCAAGGCACAAGAUACAUUUGUUAAGGAUUAUGUCAAGAAGAGAAACCUUAUACUAGAGCUGAUGGCAGUAGAAAUAGAAUUCCUUGUAACUUGGCACAACCCGCACGGGCGUAUCGAGCAGGCGGUGCCGGGAGAAGACAAUAUAGCCACAUGGCGAUCCAAACCUAACACAGAUCGACAUUGGCGGGACUAUGCCAAGCUUGCCUGGGACAUAAGUCCUACACUAGCCGUAUUUUUGCCAGAAAGAUUGAAGAAUGAAGGUAUUAUACAAGAAAUUAGACGGAAAGUGCAAGCCAUGCCCACGGCUGUAUCUCACGUUCCACAAGCACUCAAAUACCUUGUUACCACUGAAACACUCCUUAAUGAUGCCCAUGAGCUGGUACACAUGAUCACGUGGGCGCGUGUGACGCCUGUGGAGGCGCUGUCGUACUUCAGUCGCCAGUACCCGCCGCACCCGCUCUCUGCGCAGGCGGCGGUCAGCACGCUGACGUCAUACCCUUCCUCCGCUCUCUUAUUGUACAUACCGCAACUUGUGCAAGCGCUUAGACACGACACAAUGGGCUACGUAGCAGAACUGAUUAAGUCUCUAGCAAAGAAGUCGCAAGUUGUUGCCCAUCAGCUCAUUUGGAAUAUGCAUACAAAUAUGUACACAGAUGAAGAAAUGCAUAACAAAGACGCGUUGUUUGACGUACUGGAGGGACUGACAAAAAGCAUCGUAGACGGGCUCUCCGGUCCAGCGAAGGCAUUCUACGAAAGGGAAUUCGACUUCUUUAGCCAAAUCACGAACAUAUCCGGAAUCAUCCGACCGUUCCCGAAAGGCGCCGAGCGAAAGCGGGCGUGUUUGGAAGCGCUGAAAAAUGUUAAGGUACAGCCAGGAUGUUACCUACCGUCGAAUCCAGAUUCGAUGGUUGUAGACAUCGAUUACAAGAGUGGUACACCCAUGCAGAGUGCUGCCAAAGCUCCUUACUUGGCAAGGUUCAGGGUACGGAAGUAUGGUAUAGCAGAGAUGGAGAAUAUAGCCAUGGCUAUAGCUUCUGGGGAAGAUAUACCUUCGGAAGAAGGCAAGGAUCGGUACACCGGCAUCGCGGCUGAGACGUGGCAGGCCGCCAUAUUCAAAGUGGGGGAUGACGUCAGACAAGAUAUGCUCGCGCUGCAAGUCAUAUCACUGUUUAAGAACAUUUUCCAACAAGUUGGACUCGACUUGUAUUUGUUUCCUUAUAAAGUGGUUGCCACUGCUCCGGGGUGUGGCGUAAUAGAAUGUGUACCGAACGCAAAGUCACGCGAUCAACUUGGGAGACAGACUGACAUAGGAAUGUACGAAUACUUCAUUAAAAAGUACGGAGACGAAACUAGCAGAGAGUUUCAGGCUGCUCGAAGAUGCUUUGUAACCUCUAUGGCAGCGUACAGCGUCAUCGGAUUCUUGCUACAGAUCAAGGACAGACACAACGGCAACAUCAUGUUAGAUACAGAUGGACAUCUAAUUCAUAUCGAUUUCGGUUUUAUGUUCGAGUCCUCCCCUGGUGGCAAUUUAGGCUUCGAGCCUGACAUCAAGCUGACAGACGAGAUGGUGAUGGUAAUGGGUGGGAAGAUGGAAGCACCACCGUUCCGAUGGUUCUGUGAGCUGUGUGUCCAAGCUUUCUUAGCUGUCAGGCCGUACCAAGAAGCAAUAAUAUCUAUGGUGUCCUUAAUGUUGGACACUGGUCUGCCCUGCUUCCGUGGAGCAACUAUUCGCCAGCUCCGUUCCCGGUUCGCGCCAAACUCCACAGAGAAAGAAGCCGCGGCAUAUAUGCUAUCCAUCAUCAGAAAUUCCUUCCUGAACUUUAGAACUAGGACCUACGACAUGAUUCAGUAUUAUCAGAACCAAAUACCUUAUUAA